AUGGUGCAACAAGCCGAGGGCAACCUUCCCGAAGAUGAAGAUCAAGAUCUCAAGGGACAAGUAACCUUCAAAAAAGGCACACCGGGUGGCACUUGCAGAGGUGGGGAACGUCAGGCAGCUCAAGUACAGCGACUAAGAAGAGCCACUGCCCCUGCAAUUCAGAGGGAACGGCUUCGCCAGCAUGCAGCAGCAAACAAUCUACAAAUUGGACCAAUUGCUAAACAACAUUUGGAAACAUUCUAUGCAAGGGCCCCCAAAGGCACAGAGCUUGCGAUUCCGACAGAUGCGACAACCCGCCAAGCCCAAGCACUUGAUCGCAACCAAGCGCGAUUGCAGAAUGAGGAUGCUCAGGCUCUAGCCGAUCGCAACUGUGUGUAUAGGCCUGUCGAAAUUGAGCUAUUUGGUGGUACCAAGGCCAUGAUUUGUAUGAGCAUUGUAUUGCUCGGUCAGGCUCUUUCACUUCCAAACCAUGAUUGCUUCCACCAAGGCAUCUACAACAAGUAUACACAUCCAAUUCUUCCAGACGGAGCUGACAUGGAAGAUGUAGAUCACCAUAAUCAAGACUAG